GUACAUUUUUUUUUUUUCCCUAGGCCUUCUGAGUGCAUGUCCAGCAUGACUUCCUUAUGUUAUUAAUCAGAGACGUAAAAAGGGUCAAACAGAAAUCCGAGAAUCUGAUUGGUUCAAAGCAUUCAGAUACGUCCGAUCUUUUUUAUGUAAGUAGCAAAACAACAAAUAGUUUGCGAAGACACCGUAGUUUUUCUUCAAAUAGUUUUGUGUAGUCUAUCAAACUUAAUCUUGGCUAUACGGUGCUGUCUAUAAACUGCUGGUUUAAAUGUUAUGAGUUCAAAGUCUUUAGACUCAUCCCUUGAAGAUCAUGGAAAAACGGAGAGAGUUGGCCGCAGCAUCGACGAUGAACUUUUUUUGCUUAGAAGAUUUCAUUGCCGGAUGGAUUGGCGGGGCUUCCAGUGUUAUCGUUGGCCACCCACUAGACACAGUAAAGACUCGGUUGCAGGCUGGAAAAGGAUACAAAAACACCCUCCAUUGUGUUCUCACCAUCUACAGAAAAGAAACAGUGUCUGGCUUCUUUAAGGGACUCUCCUUCCCCUUGGCCAGCAUCACAGUCUAUAAUUCUGUGGUGUUUGGCUUAUUCAGCAACACACAGAGACUUAUAAGCAAGUUUCGCCAUGGCGAUAUCAGACAUCCGUGUGGCAUGCUGGACCUGCUACUAGCUAGCAUGCUAACUGGGCUGGUGUCAGUGAGCCUGGGAGCACCGGUGGACUUGGUGAAGAUCAGGCUGCAGAUGCAGACACGACCUGUUCUAGCAGAGAACCUGAACCUUGCUGGUAACACGAGUAGUAAUAUACCUCUGAAAUCUGUGGAGAUUUCCGGUCAGCAUGGCUACAGGGGUCCUCUGCACUGCAUCAGCAGCAUCCUCCAGUCGGAGGGGCUGCAGGGCCUCUACCGAGGGGCCGGGGCCAUGGUCUUGAGGGACGUCCCCGGCUACACUCUCUACUUCAUCCCCUACACGUUGUUCUGUGAUCUUCUGAAUCCUGAUGGCAAGUCCUCCCCUUGCUUUAGCUCCAUAUGGCUGGCUGGUGGACUAGCAGGCUCCAUCUCCUGGGUAACAGCCACCCCAGCAGAUGUGGUGAAGAGCAGACUUCAGGCGGAUUCCCUCCAUCCGAGAAAGUACAGGGGUAUCCUCCACUGUAUAGUACAUAGCUACAAGACAGAGGGUUUACAGGUCUUCUUUCGUGGUGCCACAGUGAAUGCAAUCCGUGGCUUUCCCAUGAGUGCCACCAUGUUUUUAGGUUAUGAACUUUCUCUCAAGUUCUUCAGGAGUCUUUAGUACAUACCCAGACACACAUAGUAUUCACAGUCACAGCUCAUGAUCCUCUGUCCUAUUGAUGGAAUUAUCUUGACAAAAAUCCUCUGGCUUUUUAACACUGAUCUUUAUCAUGCAGUGUGAGUCAAGAGGUAACUUGAAAGAGUACAUUUCAUCAUAACCAUAAUGAUGAGAAAAUAGCUGUAUAUAUUUUAUGUACUUAUUUCUUAUAUUAAGAAAAUAACGAUAAUUGUAUAAAGAAUACAAAUUGAAUACAUUUAAAAAAUCUAAUCCAUAAAUGUAAAUAUACUAUAUCAAGAUUUAGAAUACAUUUCUGUUAUUGUCCUAGUCCUAGUAUUUAUUAAGGAUGAUCAUUUGCACUUAAUAUGCUUAAGAACCACAAGCACAAGAUUGUUACAAUUAGAUUUCUAAUUUACUAUGUUACUUGCAAAUGUAAGUGUUAUAUACAUAAAUAUGUUUGAUAAAUGCAGCAUUUAAAACAG